UAUGAACAGUCCACCAAACGAAGAAUACGUUUGCACGUUAGAUGGCAAAUACCUAAAGAAGGCGAAAGAUGAACUGAAUGAAAACGAAUCCGAUAGAAAGGCAGCCGUAGAAGCUUUGAGAGAAUGGUUAAUUAAACAAAAAUACCUAAAAUUUCAUACAGACACUCCAAACCUUCUUAGAAUAUUGAGACAUACGAAAUUUAGUCAAAUUAAGGCGAGGGAAACUAUUGAAUUGGUUGUUCAAACUGCGUUGAAAAAUCCUGAAAUAUCGUUCAAUUUGGAUACUGCCGAUGAAAAGUUUAUUAGUUUCAUUAAACUUGGGCCAUUGUUCUUUCUUCCGGGUCACGAUGACUUUGGCCGAAAAGUUCUAGUUUACAAACAAAACGCUUAUCCUUUGGAUGAAUUAAUGAAAAAGUAUCCAUUCCUUGAUUUGAUUAAGUAUUGGAGGACAUUUUUCUUAUCUUACGUGAACGACGAUAUGUUUCAAGUUAACGGUCUUGUAAUGAUUAUCGAUAUGACGGAUUGUUCAUUAAAAACAAUGGCAAGCUUACGUAACCCUGACCUUAUUAAAUGGCAAAAAGAGAAUCAGAUUCGCGUUCACGAUACUUUAGAAUCAGUGUACGAUAGCGUACCGAAAAGGAUGCUACCGUUAGAGUACUUACCUGACGAUUACAGUGGGCCAUCUGGUGGUACUAUUAAAGAAAUUAUAGACGAGAAUAUUGAAAGAUUGAAAAGUGAAAAAUGCCGUACUAAUUUAUUAAAAUAUUCCGAUAAAAGUAAAUACUAUUACGACAAAACGAAGAAGGAAAAAGAUUCAAUACCCGUUCAACAUUUUCGUAAAUUGAAUGUCGAAUAA